ACCCAGUGGUUGCCCGAUGAAGUCCAAGUGCUGAUGACCCUCUGGGCACAACCAAACAUUCAGAGGCAGCUUCUCACCACAGCAACAAACAAUCAAGUCUUUAAGUACCUCAGCAGUGAACUUAAGUCGGUGGGGUUUAACAAGUCACCACAUCAGUGCUUUCUUAAAGUGAACAACCUUAAAGAGGAGUACAGGAAAAUCAAGGAUGAGGAACAGUACAGGGACGUUCUAAGUGACUGGUUUGCUAUUUUGGAUGGAGUCCUUGGCUCUGGUGGAGAGACUUCUAUAGAGGUGGAUUCAUCUGCUGUGCUGACACAACCUAAAUCACCAGAGGAUGAGCAUGCGAAAGAUAUGACACGGGUUGUUUGGACACCAGAUGAAGUCAAAGCGCUGCUCAGCCGAUGGGCAGAGGAGAGCGUCCAGGAGCAGCUUAGGUCAACUAGAAAUGAAAGAGGGUUUGCUCAGCUGAGCUCCGCGCUCGCCACUCAGGGCUUUGAUAAGACCACCAGCCAAUGCAGGUCAAAGAUAAAACUGCUGAAACGAAAGUACAGAAAAGUGAAGGAACAGACGGACUCUAAGAAACAAAAGAGUCGAUGGUUCACCAUUAUGGAUAAAGUCCUUGGUCAUCAUAAGCCAGAGGCUGAGACUGAACAAGCAGCUGAAAUCAUUGAUUCAGCCUGUACUCUGCAGACAUCACAGCUAGACCCUUCUGAAACUGUGGAAGACUUAGGUCGCCGCUUGUCCGUCUCCUCAUUGUGUCUCCUGGUUCCAACGCUGCGUCUGAUGUGUGCUUUUGCCUGGCAAGUAGUCCAGGGUUGUAAUGUGCUACACUAUGGAAAGGUGGAGGAGCUGGUGAGGUUGGUGACAGAGCUUCUCCCAGAGCUGCUGACGCCCAGAGAUAAAGUGCAACUCCUGCUCAGACUAAGGGCAAGGAUGGUGUUGGAAUUGUGUCGCAGCGAGAGCACAGCCAACCUGCUGAAUAUACAGCCUCACCUGGGGGUCAUUCAAAACCUUACAAUAGGCUCCAGCUGUGAACAGGAGGAAUUGGAGGAGUUGGAAAAUUCAAAGUCAAACUUUGUGGAAGUUGUUCAUCUCCUGCUCGAGGACACAGAGGAGAGAAGGAUGUUUUUCAAGGAGGUCUUUCCCAUCCACUAUGGCCAGCAGUAUGAAAACACUAUGCACACAUUAGUAUGGAAAUUCAUCUCUAAACUGGAUAAUCUUUUGCCUAUACCAGAUAUUAAACAGACUGCAGCGUGGCUCAGAACCGCCCCUUCUGUCAUGGAAGAAUGUGGACAAUUGGUUUUGGAACCAGAUCAGCUGAAGGCGCUACUGCACUUUCACCAGCAACAGUCAGGAAGCACAAACAAAUGUUACACUCAAACUCGGAGUAUGUUUUUGCCAAGGCUGUCUCUUCCUCCCAAACCAAACUCGAAGCAACUUGCUACAGAGCAUCAGGAACUGUCCACAGGCGGCGAAGAUGAAGGGCAGUUUGAUUACAGUGAGGAUGAGGAGUCCGUUGAGGAAAACCAAAUUGAUAUUAAUCUGGAGGACUGUAGUAAAGACGAUGACCUGAAGUUAAAAGAUGAACAAAGCAAUGACCUGACCGCUGCGAGCUGCUUAAAUUUAAACAGUCCUACGCUUGUAGGACCGCAGACCUGCUCUUUGUGUCCCUACUCAGACAGCCAAGUGUCAGGUCUUCUGCAGCACAUCACAGAGGCACACCUGAUCCAGGAACCCAGCCGAUCUCAGUCUAAAGAACCUGAGACCGACCAUGUCCUUCAGAAGGCUCCGUUCUACGUAUUACGCAGCCGGUGUUCCAGAAUGGUAAUUUGCUCCCCCAGCAACCGCACGGCAACGCUCAGUCUACCUGUUCCACCCAGCAACAACAGCAGCCUGGAACACGCUUCAGGUCUUGGCCAAUCAGACAGUUGGGCUUUGAGAGAUGGGGCUUUAAAGAGACCGUAGCAUCUACAGCUCGUUUCAGAAAGGGGCUGUAAUGUAAUAUUUUUUUUUUUUGAACUUUGAAUAAAACGAAGCUGUUAUACAGGCAUCACAGAACUAAAAUAUUCAUAGUUUUCACGUGACGUCACGUUCCAAGGAAAAUGCUCCUUUGGAGGGCAAAAAAGACAUUAUUUUUCGCUGCCUGCCAACCACUAUGAUAAGUGAUACACUGUUACUUUGAGUUUGUUACUUUUUGCGUUGCCAAAAUGCUGGAUGGUUGUUGUGCUUUCGGAUUUAGGCCUACUAAUCGUUUUCUUUACGGUUUCUGGCGCUGUACAACACAACUUCCCAAAAACACUCCCUAAUGUGUUAAGGACCAGCCUAGCCAUUAUUUUCUGGAACUGUUUCAAAGCUAACAUUCCACACAAAAUGCACAAUUCAGUGCACAAAUAAUCUUAAUGGUUUGUGUGAGCCACUGAUAUUUUGAUAUAAGUUGUUGUUUAUUACUGACUAAAAGUAUUUUCAAAUUCACAGAAAGUCAAAUACAAAAUGUGAACAGUGAUUUGGCAACAGAAUAUUUGUUUUUAUUCUGAAUAACUGGGUACAAAUCACAAUAUAUUCCUUUUUCUCUUGUACUUCUAAUGAUAUCUGGCUAUGCAGAUAGUUCUGUUGUUUUGAGAUAUUGGUCUGAGAUUUGUGUUUCCACCCCAAUAUAGUGGAGAUAGAAGGCAUUUGGUGCAUGGCGCUCACAGCAUUGAAAAGUUAAAUGGGACAACAUCACUGGAUUAGCCACUCUUAACAGUAGUAACUGUUUUCACCUGAACUUUCUACCAAAGAAAUACUCCCUGUGUCAAUAAGUGAAUUAUUCUUUGUUUUUUGGUUGAACUCUCCCUUUUAUACAGUACUGUGCCUGGUGGAAACAUCUUUGAGCUUGACCCAAAUUGUCCUCAUUUGAGGCGAAAAUAGAUUUCCCUUUUUCUGCUCACUGGAAUAUUCUAAAUAAAGAUGCCUGAUGAUGCAAUCAGGAUUUUCUUGGAUUGGACUUGGACAAAUUGGAAAAUUUGUAACAGAAAUCCUGCAAUACACACUUGUGGAGUUUGAAACCUGGGUAUUUACCAGGCAGAGAGGGCCAAACAAAAGAUUUAGACAAUUUUUUUGUGUAAAGUGUAAUUCAUUUGCUGCUUGGUCCAUACACACGACUCAAAUUCACAUGCAAGGUAGUUGUAUGUCAAAGGUGAGAUUAGAUCAUAAACAGGUCAACACAAGGAGACAACGAGCAGCCGUAAGUAAAAUUAAACCAAAUAAAUAGUUAUUUAUAUGAACUAUAAGAACGGAGUUUAAAAGGAUGUAACAGUCAUUUAAAAUGACUACUGUCAGCGUUUAGUAACCUUGAUAGCGGAAUGAAUAAAACACUUAGGGUAGCAGUUUGUUCCUCAAGGGCACAUUACAAUGCUGGCCUGUGGGCAUUACAGUGAAUUCAUUGGACGGAACAUGCUGGGCUCCAAUUUUCUUGGAGCAGACUUUAACAAUACCAUUUAGGCCAUUCUUGUCCUUCACAGGCAACCCAUUAAAUCAGCAAAUAAAUUAGAAAGUUAGUUUCAGACUCAUUCAUCAUCAGUUCCCAAGUUAAAGUGCAAUGCUAAAUCACCGGGGUGCCCCUUUUUAAAGGUUGCUGCUUGUGUGUCUCCCUAAAAAUACAGUGUUCUGGCAUAUGCGCGAUGCUGUCCCCUGCAAUGAAAGAAAAUAAGACAUACAAAGAAAUUAACUGCACACAACCAAAUAUCACAUGUAUUUUCAGUUUAUAUAUUUCAAAUAUCAAUACGUUUUCUCUUUAAAUGGAUGUUUAACACAACUCACUCUCAGAGUAAUGACCCCCAUGGGAAUUAUUACAGGUGCUCGUUUGACCCUUAUAAAGAAAUCCUGGUUUAAACACCACCCACACGCUGUAUGAAAGUGCGUGCUGAGAAAAAAUCCUAACAUGUAUUUCCUUCUUCAUUACUUGCUUGAGAGGGUAAGUGAGACUGUUCUUCAUUAAAUCUGCCCUUCUCCUCCACAUCUGUUUGGACUGGUGCCAUGUGAUAUAUGUUUGUGUCCGUUUCAGCAUCACUUAUUCUUCUCAGCAGCCCUCUCCCAGACAGCCACAUAGCAAGGCGUGAUGUUAAUAAAAUUGUCCCAGUGGUGAUAAGCAUGAUGGCGGUGCGAAAAGGAAACAAGCGGUAUCGGUGACCGUCCCCCUGUAUCCUGUCCCAGGGCAGGGGCAGCACGUCAGGCAGGCCUAUCGAGGGUUCCCCAACCAGAGCUCUCAGCAGUAUUGCCACCACAAAGCCAGAACAGGCCCCAUAGCUGUUCACCCACCGAGAUAAGUAGAAGGUGCAUAUCACCUGGGGACUCAGCAUUGAAUACAUGACAUCUGCGCUGAUCAUCCAGAACAGGAAAAUGGACGAUGAUGUCAAGGCCAGUCCUGCUCCUAUUAGUCCGCACAGGAGGACUGACAUUUUAACCAUCACGAUAAUCAUUUUUUCUGAUGCCUGCAGUAAGAGGAAAUUAUUUUAUUUUAUUAAACCAAAAUGUGGAUCACAUUGUUGAUUUUUGAUGAGUGAUACUAUAAAAAAACAGAAAAAAUGAUAUAAAACAGUUAAAAUCAGGAAAUUCUUACAUUUAAGAAGACAGAAUUAGCACGUUUGGCAUUUUUAGUCACUACUUGCAUAACUGACUUUCCCAUCAGCCUCAGCUAAACUUUGUGUUUUAUGCUCAUGAGCAAACAUGUUUGUUUUGUCAUUUGCCUCACAGAGCCGCUAGCGUGGCUGCAAACUCUUUGUCUUUUUGCUUAAUAAAUUACUUAAACCAA